AUGGACAAUGGCGGGAUUUUUAAUUUUUUCCGGAUGCCGGGCUCUAGAAGAAACUCUAGCAACAACACACCGACGACCGGCAGAAAUGCGCAAAGCACUCCCCAAGGGCCGGCGGUAGAAGGCACACCAGGCGCAGCGUCAGCAACGAAUCAAGGGUUAGGACAAGAAUCUGCUGCUGCGGAUAUUUCUGGAGUACCGUAUCCGGUGUUGUCAACUCCUCCGGAAGGAACAGCACCAAAUGAGGAAGAAAAGCCAUAUAAUAUUUGGUCGCCGCCAACACCAAAAGGGCCGAAAAGAGAUAAAGGAAAGGGCGUAGAUCGCGAUCCUCCUGACCCUGAUCCAUCGAAUCCUCAACCCUUGGCGGCCGAUACAGAUCCGGCAACUGGAGUUCCUGGUCAGCUUACUGCCCGUAAUCUGUCGCAUUUAAAUGCACAAAAUGCAGGAGGCGCAGUUGAAAAAGCAGCUGCAGGCCCAGACCCAAAUGAUGCUCUCAAAUAUGCUCGAAAAUUUCUCUCGAGCGAAGAUUUUCGCACCCAUGCCGGAUUCGACAACGAGCUCGAAAAAAUUGACACCUAUCUCCGUCAAUUGAGUGACUGGGGAACGACCUGCGACCUCUCGCUCUACGCGCAAGUUCAAAGCAUGGUGCGCGUUCAUAGAGAGCGCACGGCAAAUCCUGAAGAAGCCUUCACUCAAUCGCCCGUGGACUUUUCUAGAUUUUCAAGAUUCAGUCAAAGGCUACCCACUUCUCAUGGGAUCUUCAGUCUUGACGAUGUCUAUGGCCAUCUGAGGGACGAUCAUCCGCCCUUCAGCCUUGAUGCAAGUGCUGCCCAAAAGCAGUUCAUCUCAGAUUUUCAAUCCGCUGGCGAGGAUGGAUUUCACUACCGCCAAAUCGAGAGAACUGCUUAUAGUCGAGCCAUUCAGCAGCCCGACUCGCCCGCGAGCCCGACUCUGCAAGACGACAAUGACGACAGUCGUGCAAUGGUUCGAGGUCGACGUCGGGCAUUCAUUCAAAUCGGCCUGAACGCAAUGGCGACUGGCGAAGAGCAACAUUAUGCUGGUGGUUGGCAGUAUCGAGUUGUCGCACUACCGCGUGCUCCUUUGCCGUUGCCGCUUGAACCGCAGAUGUUCCUCUCCGCUCAUCCAGAGAGCCAACAAAUGCCGAGUUCAGACCCGUUCCAGUACACAAACAAGUAUAUACAAUUCCAAAAGGACAAGAGGUUCUGGCAGUUCCACAUCAAUGACGAACGGCGCAUGCUUCGAAAGGGCUUAGAGCAAUCCGGCGCACGAGUCGAUGAAUCGACUGAGCCCCUUGUGUUUGAAAAUCCCACCCAUAAGCAAGAGAUUCUAAGGGCCAGAAACCGACUUCGCCUGGAGCGCCUGACGAACUUGUAUUUUGAGCUCAUUAUGGAAUUUUCGAUCGAAGAUUUUGCAAUCGGAUCUGCAUCAAGCGAAGUCCUCAAUAACGAAGAAACAAGCUCCAAGGAAAAGCUCGUUACCAUCCAAAAUUUUGCCUCCCUGGACGAAGGAGCCGCCGUGCGUGAAGGUCUGCGUCACGGCUUCGGGGGCGCUCCUCUCUCCGUCAAUGAAAUCACUCGUCUCCGCCAAGCCCUCAAAGACAAACAAACUUCCAACAUAACCUACGCUGAUACGGACGACCUCGUUGCUCGUCUCGGCCGCGAACUCGGUGCUAUGAUCCGACAAUUACAUCGUGAAGAUGAAUCGUAUGCCAGUCUGCGUCGAAAGCUUCAGAAAUCUGCGCGCGAAAUUGCAAGUAUCCGCAACCUGUCGAAAACGCCCUUACUUGCAAGUUCUCCGCAAUUCUCGAGCAUUCUGGAUAUUGCCCAGCCGCUUGCCCUUGCCGAUGGCAAUCCCGGCUAUCAGUUGAACUUGACAUACAAGCAAGCUUGUCGUCUUCUGCAAGAUAAGAUUGUCCAAGAAAACCACCGCCUUGGACAAGGAAAUAAGUUGGACUUUGCGCAUAUUUGGUCCUUUGUCCAUGACAUUCCUCCCAGUAGGAAACGGAAACGAUUCUUCUCGCUGGAUAAGUGGCCUACUCGGGCCUCUGAGAAUGCUCCUUUUAUUUUCGGCCGUUCUGGAAAUACCACCGCUGGUGCUGGUGCUGGUGCAUUGUUUCCAGAAACACCUGGUCGCGGUAGAGGUAGCACUGCCCGUGUUGGUACUGGCCCUCGUCCUCGUCCCGGUACCGCCGCAGCCGCCUCGUCGCCAUUCAAACGCCCGAAAGUAUCUGCCCAAGCAGCCCACGUAUCCCGUUCGCAGCAGCCUCCCCCACCACACGCACCCCAGGAAUUCCAAAUUGGGAAAGGCACAUUCAUGCCCCAGGAAAUGAAAGACUUUGAAUUCAAUAAACAUCGCCAUGUCUUGUACAACCCGCCUGAUCUCAGAGAACGCCAUAUCAAAGGCCUUCCGGUGUUUCCCUUUGGUGAGACGCGAUAUCAUGAACGGCUGGAACACCGCCUGAUAGAGGAGGAUUUGGCAAAGCGCUCAAUAUCAUCCACGAAAGAUCAAACCCCCCAGACGCGCCGCAAAGACCAGGACCUGAUGGAGCGCAACAAGUUCCAACUUCCCGAUGUUACUCCCGAUUUGGACGUCAACGCGCUCAAGACCGCGGGGGUGUUCAUUCCGGGGUUCAUGUCGUAUGUGUAUGAUCAGGAGCAGGAGCAGGAGCAGGACUAG